AUGACUGUAAAGCGCCGCAACCAUGGACGUAACAAGAAAGGCCGUGGCCAUGUCAAGCGUGUACACUGUGUGUCUACGGCGAAACUGAUUCCUAAGGAUAAGGCCAUCAAACGCUUUGUUGUUCGCAACAUUGUAGACCAAUCGGCUAUCCGUGAUCUGAAGGAGUCCUCUGUCUACGAGUCGUAUGCUCUGCCCAAGAUUUACAUUAAGAACUACUAUUGCGUGGAAGCCGCUAUCCACCAGCGCAUCGUACGUGGUCGUUCGGUUGAGGCCCGUAAAAGCCGUGCUCCGCCCCCACGUCGUUUCGCUCCGAAACGUACGUAA